UGACACUAAGCACUGAUCAUGUUUCAAUCAAAGACCACUCAGACUACAGCCACAGAAUUGAACCAGAUUGCAUGGAAAUAUUAUGAUAACAAACUGGGCUGGGAGUCAUUUGAGAGCUACAAAGAAAGCACAUGCAGUCCCAUCUAAUAAUCUGAUUAACCCUCAAGCACCACUUCCAUCCAGACCACUUCAGCACUCUCAACACAGAUGAAAAGGGAAACCCUGCCCAAAUCAGCUUCUCUGCUGAGUUAAAAACACUACAACUGACCAACAGUGUCUGUGGAAAAAUCAGUUUAUACUUUUAUGCAUCAGUUUUGAGUAUAUGGACACUUAAGUAAUUAAUGUGUUAAUAGGAAAGAUAAACAAGGAAAAUGUUUCACAAAAGAAGUGUGUUAGGUUUAAAAAUAAAUAAAAAAUCAUUCUUAAAAAUAUGUUAUCCUGCAGAAAAUAAGUAGAAUAUGUAGGUUUAUAUGCUAUACAAAUCAAUAGCACAUACAUGGUAGAAAUGUUUUGUGCAAACAGUUUUGAAUCAAAACAGUGUUCAUAACUUCAUUAGCUUAGAAUGAAAAUGUCGGGAUGCUGAAAAUGAGACUUACCUGUUUGCUGCUAUCACUCUGCCUCACCAAGCUGGUGGUCUCACUAGGUUUGGCCUCGUCCGUGGCGGUCAUGCUGACGAGAGAAAGACAGAAUCAGAAGCACAGAAUGAGAAGCAGCUGUCUGCUCCUCCUGCAGAAAAAGGGAAAACACAAGCCACUACCCACAUCUCAUUCAUCACAUAUGAAAACACCCCAGUUACAUGCUUCUCAUCACCUGACGCUCCAUUCAGCAACUGAGCAAAUAUCCAUAUCAUCAGCUUUUGACCACCAUUUUAACAAGUCACACUGGAAAAGCUCACUGAUUGUUCAGACUCACAUUACAGAUUAUUAAUAUACACAUAAAGCAAUCAAAACACCAGUAGGUUCAAUAGUGGCUUAUUCUGAUCACAGAUUUCCACAAACAAAAUUCUCUCUAUGUACACUACCAUUCAAAAUGUUUAUGUUUUCUUUUGCAUCAUGUCAACAUGUGAGUGUCAACCAAAAACAUUAUAUUUUAUAUACAAUUUAUCAUACAGUAUAUUACAAAUAAUAUUCUAUAAUAUUUCUAGAUAAUAGUUUAUAUAUAGGCUAAAAUGUUAUUUUAAAUAUGAAAAUAUACAAGGCAACCAUCAUACAGUAUUUGGGGGUGGUCUAAAAAAAGGUUGGAAAACCCCCAGCUGAAUGUAAACAAACCCAGUUAUACCCAGUAUAAAUAUAUAAUUGCAGGCCAUCCUCACACUGAAAUAAACUUGCAAUAGCAGUUUAAAAGGGACAUGUACAGUAUAAUUUCUGAAAAAAGGGUCUUAAUUUUAAAUAAAUUUUAAACUUUAAUGUGCGCAUACAUGCUUGUACUGUGCUGUACUGGGAUGUGAAUUUUCAAUGACUCGCCAGUAGAUGGCAACAGUGAAACGCUAAGGUUGAAAUGUCUCUGUUGUAUUUAUCUCCGUCGCACAUUUACAACAGCUUUCAACAGGAGAAUGGAAAUGCUUUUUCUUGGAGUUCCAAGUGCACAGAUAACCUGAAAAAGAAACUGCACCAUAUGAAAAGAUGGCUUGUGUGCGACGUGUGUGGAUGAACAGGCAGCGGUUUGCCCCCAUUGAGAGGAGUCUGUGCCUGUCGGAUAGAGCAGACCUCAGACAUGGUGUAGGAUAUCAGGAAAGAAACAAGCAAUUGAAGUUGAGACAAGGCCUGUGAUAAAGCUGGAGGGGAGUGUGAACGAUCGACAGUAGCCGUGGAUUGGGCACAGGCAGGCGGAGGCCCCCUAUGGAGAAGGAGCAGGGCAGCGUGGCCUCCAGUGCCAGUGUCACCAUCCCCAGCACCACCUCAGCCUCCACCGGCAUCAACACCAUAUCAAACUCCUCCAGCAGACAGCAGGCUGUGCCUCAGAUAUCAGUCUAUGGAGGAAUCACAGACAGACAGACCGUUCAGGUCAUCCAGCAGGCCUUGAACAGGCAGCCCAGCACAGAAGCAGCUCAGUAUCUACAGCAGAUGUAUGCAGCUCAACAACAACACCUCAUGCUACAGACCGCAGCACUACAGCAACAGCACCUGAGUCUGGCUGCAGUGCAGCAGGCUAGUAUAGUGGCAGGAAGACAAAGCUGUAAUCCAAAUGGCACUACAUCCCAGCAGACUGUGGCCUCCCAAACCACUAUAAACCUGGCCACAUCCCCAGCGGCAGCUCAUUUGAUCAGUCGAGCUCAGAGUGGGAACUCUGUUCCAGUCUGCAUUGCCCAACAGGCCGUUCUGCUGGGAAGCUCCUCCACACCCACGCUCACCGCCAGCCAAGCACAGAUGUAUUUACGAGCUCAGAUGGCACAGCAAACUAACCUUGUGCAAGUAGCUAGGAGCCUAGGACGAGCUGUUCCUUUGUCCCCCCAGCUUAUCUUCACCCCAACUGCCUCAGUCACAGCAGUUCAACCAGAAGCUACUGCUCUGUCAGUCAAUACGCCACCCAUCAGCGGACAGGUGCAGAACUUGGCUCUUCGUGGCCAGCAGGGGAUGCUCACUUCCUCCCUCUCUCAGUCUCAGUUACAGAGCCUAAAUGUGAAACAGUCCCCCGGAGCGUCAGCACAGAUUUCUUUGACUGGCCAGCCAGUGGCCCGUCUGAAGAGUCCUGGAGCGGAGCCAAACCCUCAGGGAGCUGCUGCAAAGGGUAGUCCUGCAGAAACAUCCUCAGAGACUGUGGGAAAAAACGACAAAACCAGUGACCUCACAACACGGGAGUUGAACGUGUGUCCCAAUGUGACCUCAGUGGCGGGCCAUCCUCUCAUCAGCACAGCAUAUACCCAAAUUCAGACCCAUCAGCUGCUCCAGCAGCAUAAGCAUCAGUUUGUGAUACAGCAGCAGCCUCAGAUACUGCAGAGAGGUCAAGCUCAGCUCUUAGAAGCUGCCACCAUUCAUCCUCACACAUUGCAAGCUGUAGCCAUUCAGCCUGCCCUGCCAGCUCAGCCUCAGCAGUGCCCUAUCCCUUUGCUGCCCAAAGUGCCUGUUACCUGCCAACAAGCCACCAUCUUCCAUUCCACCACUGUGAGUCAGCAGGCACUUGCCCAGAAUGGACAGCCGCCCAUGCUGAGCCACAGCAAAGCAGCACCUCUACAGCUUACUGCAGUUAAUGUCCAGAUCCAGCCAGUUCAAACUCAUCUGAAAGUAGCCACACAGGAUGUGUCAGAUAAGGACAACCCUGUUCCUCUCGAACAGCAGCUGCUAUCCAUACCAACACAAGAGCCAACCCAAUCAGAUCAAUCCCAGCCAGUCAAACAAUCUCAUCAAAGUAAAGUGGCAGAAAACACAGAAGCAGGCAGAGUGAAUGUGAAGUCAGGUGUGGGUUCACCUCCAGCCAUGACCUCGGGCAGUGGGAACAAUGCGCCCACGGUGACCGGCAGCGCUCCGCAAAAUGGCGAGAGUAAACCGCCGCCACAGGCGGUGGUAAAGCCCCAGAUCCUCACGCAUGUUAUCGAGGGAUUCGUGAUUCAGGAGGGAGCUGAGCCUUUUCCCGUUGAACGUCCGUCCUUGCUGAUCGAGAAUUUAAAGAAGCAGAAGCAGCAUCAGGCUUAUUCAGACCUACAGAAGCAGGCUCACAAUGCAGACUCUGAGAUGGAGGACCUUUCACAGCAAGAGCUAAAUAAUCAGAUCGCUGAGCCAGUGCUGUCAUGUGAAUUCUGUGGGAAUGUAGACUUUGCGUUUAACUUCAAGAGAUCCAAGCGGUUUUGUUCUACGGUGUGUGCAAAGAGGUAUAAUGUUGGAUGCACAAAACGAAUGGGACUUUUCCCAAGAAAAUCAACAUCGGAAAGCCCAAAGAAACAGAAAGCCUCCAACUCCAAUCAUCAAAACAGCAGCACGGAUAUCAGGAAACGGAAUCCAAGGGCUCAAACAGCCAUGGGAGGAGCGUCUUUGUUGUCCCCACACUCCUCUCAUCCAUGUCACGGUGAUUCCAGCCAGUGCUCCGAUAUGUCCAGCUACGAAGAGCCCAUUUCGCCACUGUCCAACUCAAGCUUUGGAACCCAAAGGCUUCCGAACAAGGAAAGAUUUGAUCACAGUAGAGAUCUCCCUCUCCUCACGCAGCACUUCUUGGCCAGCGACCCCACCAAGUGGAACGUCGAGGACGUUUAUGAAUUCAUCUGCUCUCUGCCAGGCUGCCAGGAGAUCGCAGAAGAGUUUCGCUCUCAGGAGAUCGAUGGCCAGGCCUUAAUGCUUCUCAAAGAGGAUCAUCUCAUGAGCACCAUGAACAUCAAACUUGGCCCCGCACUGAAAAUCUUUGCCCACAUCAGUAUGCUCAAGGACUCGUAGCCUUUCCCACAGCUCCGCCUGAUUUGGAAAGGACACCCUAACACCUCUGCACUGGUUUCCUCAUCCCAUUGUGGCUUUUGGUCCUGGGGAUUGCUGCUCCUCAAACCCACAAACUUGUGUACAGUUCUCGUCACAGUUGAACAAUUUCAUCCCUAAAGCAUGAUGGUGUGACUUGAUUACAAAUCUCUCGUGUAUUCAGCUGUGCCAGGCCUGGGAGGGGGCGACAAUCCAUCAUGUCAAGAAGACAAGCACAAGUACUUUGCCAUUUGUGCAAACAAAUGUUCAUCGUAUGGUAGCAUGCAAACAGGUUUACAGUUUCUUUUCUGUUUUGAACUGGACUUGUGAUUUUUCUGUCAUAAAGUGACGUUGUUGUAGUUCUGUUUCUCACUGUCACAGCAACAUGUGAUGUUCGGUUAGCCAAGGAAAAUUUUGUACCUUUUUAGCCUUGCAGUGUGCCAUCAUUUGUAGAUAGUAAACUGUGUUCAGGUUCCUUCAUCUCACAGGAUAUUCCUCAGUUCACUUGGUAUCAGAUUUUUGUACUCAAAUGUGGCAUUUUUGACACUAUAAUUCACAGGUAUAAUGGACAUGAAAACUUUGACUCCAAGAUGUGCCUAAUAUUUUCUAAAUAUCCCAAAGAUUCCACACACGUUAUCAUGCUUUUAGUUCAAGUGAAAUCAGUAAGUCAAAAAUGCAUUUCCCAGCAUUAAGGUUUAAGGACUGUGGUUAAUACCACUUUACAUUUAAGUUCUGAACCCAUCCUUGGUAUGAUGAACUGCGAUCAUUUUUCAUAAAUCACUUCUGUCCCAAUCAUCAUUGUGUGCACUCAUGUUUGGGAAGCUGGUGCAGCUUGUCUCUAUUUUUACAUUCAUCAUUUGAUCAAAUUUCUGUAUUUAUUGAGAGCUAGUCUCCGAUUCUGUUUUAUAUUUGAAAAUAAAACUGAGAAAACGAA